AUGGAUGGUGGCAGCGUGGACGACGCCAACCCGAGCCGGGUUGAAGACCGAGUUGAGGCCAGUUUUGAAGUCGGAGCAGCGUCGGAGGACGACCAGGUCGAAGUGGCCGAGAACAAUGGUGAGGCACUUCGCUUGCCGGAAACUCCGGCGGAGGCGCAGGAUGGGGGGCCCCAUGCGGAGGUGUUCGCUGCGUCGCAGCGGGAGCGCCUGGGCCUGUCCCGGUGGGCGCAGUUUUCAAAGGAUGAUUUGAUGAUGCUGAAGGACCUGCCGCAAUCACAUGUGAAGCCGAUCAACUUCGACCAGUCGAUCGAUCAGGACAACGGGCAAAUUCUGCGCACAAAAGGCGACAAGGAGAACGGCGAAGACGACCGCCCAGCCCGUCGCCGCGACCGCGGAGACCGCGCAGACCGCGGUGGAGACCGCGGUGGAGACCGUGGGGACCGCGAUAGAGGACGCAGGAACAACUUUGAGCAUGACUUUGAACACGAGGACCAGAACGAGAAAUGGCGGAAUCGCCAAGAGCGGCACGACCGCCGCGAGAAUCGCCACGAAAGGGACCAUGACUGGCACGACCGGAACGACCGGCCUCCGCGGGACUCCAGGUGGAGCACUUGGGGCUAUGGCGCCCAUGGCGCCCAGGCAGACCCUUGGAGCACGUACGACGAGCCAGAACCCCAAUGGGACAUGCCGGACACCUCCGCGGUGAACGAUGGCGGCAGUUUGCUGGACUGCACGCUGGGCGAUAUUCGAAAGUACAAUGCUCCGCCUGCACCGACACCUACGAGUGAGCGCAACGGUAUCCCUGAGCCGCCAGUACAACACGCACCACUGACCGCCCCGGAACCCGAAGUCCAGGUUCGCGAGGGGGCGCCGAAGGAGGACAAGCAGCAAUCUCGAGGAUCCAGUAGGUGGUUUGCCAAUGACAAACCAUCGCCCGAGGUAAAGCAAGACGACGAGGAUUUUGAAGUGCGUCGAAGCGAGGUGCCGGUGGUCAGCGCUCCUGCGCCGCUGGCACCCGCGCCGCCCACGCCCAUCGUUGUAGCGCCUGCGCCUGCUCCAAAGUUGGCAGCGCCCUUGGCGCCCAUCGCUGAAAGGCCUACUGCACAGCCAAUGACACCAGGUGUCCUCACAUCUGGCGGCUCUGGCCACUCCGGUCUCCACGGAGCCACGGGGAUGCGCAAUCCGCCCUCCGCCGCCGCCCAUGGCAAAGGCUCCUAUUGGAACGACAGGGCACAACCGACAGCCGGGUCACAGAAGCACGGCACAAACACCGCCGGCAGCCAGAUCCUCUCCAUGAUCGGCGCCAGGCAGAAAGAACCAGUAUCACAUCAUGAACCUUCUGCGAAUGUUCCGAACAAGGUAACAGUCGCCGAUUUGUUCCAGAUCGCCAAAGGGCAAGAAUUGCCACCCAUUCCAGCAAUGUCUAGCCAGUGCCCACCCAGUAGCACAGCCACUGGGCCAGGAAUGCAUUCAGUCGAGGAAGAGAAGGCGCUCCGCCACCGCAAAGCUGCGCGAGACAUCUGGCAAGCGUCACACGCCGCUGCUCCUGCGGGCCACAACCCGCCAGACAGGCAAGGAAACUACCACGGACCUGGCACAGGCAGACAGCGUGCUCCGGAGUGGGGCGAUCAGUAUGCACAGACACGAGCUCCAGCUGCGAACCACGCGCGUGGGGCGAAGGCUCCGCCUGGGUAUGCAAAUCCUCCAGCUCACCCGACGUUGACCUCACAUUUCCAGAGUGCUCGAGCACCCUACGGCACGUACAGUGCCGCACAGGAGGCCCACAUGCCUGCAGGGGAGCGCUACGACACCGUGGCCAAUGCUACGCUCCCUGCCAAGCCACCUUCGCAGGCAGCGCCACUUACGGCAGCUUUCACUGCAGUGCCAGGAGGGCCAGGACCAGGACCCCCAGGACCGCCUGCAGGACCGCCUGCAGGACCGCCUGCAGGACCUCCAGGACCAGGGCUCCGACCAGAACUUGGCGCUAGGGCCGGCGGAGCGAUGCCCACUUUCCCGAGCCCCCAGGCGAGCUACCACAGUGGCCUUCAGCCCUCGGGUCUGGGCCAGCGAGAUGGCCAGUUCGAUGAGGAAGCUGAAGCCGGCUGCUCCCAAAGCUAG